AGCACUCUCACGCUCUCCGACCCCCGCAUCGCCGACCUCCACUCCUUCGCCAGCCAAUUAGACAAAAUGAUCGAGCCGCGCCUGGACCGACAAAGAUACGUUCCCAGCGGCGACAAGGUCGAGGAACUUGCGAAAAUCGCCCUCGGCGCUAAAGUCGAGCGCGCACUGGCGAGGCGAUUGACGGGUCAGGAUGCG